GCAGUGUUUAUCUCGGCCAGCUAAAUAUCGAUGUCGCAGUGCGCGUGCGUCAGAGCGCAUAUUUGAGCCAUUUUUGAGCUGCGAAAGUUCCGCGAACACCUGCAAAACUGUUUUCUUCUCUUCUGCGCCAAGAAACAAGCUGAAGAACGAUGAUUCUGGAACGAUAACUUUACAAAGAGACCUUGUAUCGUUGCCUGGUGGUUACCAGUUAGUUGGUAGCCGUUUUGAUCGCUAGUUUUGGCGCUACUUUCGCGAGUUUCUAGAUCGACCGAACGUAACCAAGAUGCCGUCCAGCAGUAGCAACCGAGAUAGGAAGCCUCGUUCCAAAGAAGACACAUGGAAGGCUGAUGAACUCCAGCAGUCUCUGAAGGAGGCCAAACGAGAUCGCAGAUCGAAGGAUGGAGAGAGAGACAACAAGGAGAAGAGAAGCAGCAGAAACCAUGACAAUGAUGAUGACAGGCGUCGGAAGCACCGCUCCGAGGAGCCUCGAGAUGAGGAGGAGAGACAUCGGAAACACCGGAGCAAGGAGCACCGGUCCAGAGACGGAGAGGAGGACAGAACCAGAAGACAUCGGGAGGACGGGGAGGACAGGCACAGGAAACACAGGGCUAAGGAGGAGAGAGAAGACGAAGAGAGACCAAGAAAGCAUCGGUCGAAGGACGAAAGAGGAGAUGAUGAUGAGAGACACAGAAAACACAGGUCGAAGGAUGAAAGAGGAGACAGAGACGAAAGGAAACACAGAUCUAAAGAAGACCGAGAGGACAGAGAUGAUAGAAAGCAUAGAUCUAAGGAAGACAGAGAAGAAAGAAAGCACAGGUCUAAGGAUGAAGAUGAUGACAGGAGGAGGAAACACAGAGAAAAGGAUGAGGACAGGGAAAGACGUAGGAAGGAGAGGAAGGACAGAGAAAGAGACGGGUCUCGAGACGGCAGCAGGCACGGUUCAGAAGACGGUCGGGACAGGAGGAAGGAUCAUCGGUCCAAGGAGCAUCGGGAGAAGAAACACAGAGAUAAGGAACAUCGCAGGAGGGACCGGGAGGAGGAGGGGGAGGAUGGAGAGAAGGAGAGAGAGAAGGAGAGAGAGAGGAGACACAAGGACAGGAGGAGUAAGGAGGAGAGAAGGGACAAGGACGAGUCUGAAAGUCGUCCCAGAGAAGACAGACAUCAGGGCAGGAGAAGGGAAGAAGUUUCAGCACCAGAACUAGAGGUCCCAGAAGAGCCAGAAAAGGAGCCACCAGCAGAAAACAACACAGAAGGCGGCAAUGAUGACUAUGAUGAUGAUGACUUUGAGGAUUAUGAUGAUGAUUUUGAAGAUGAAGAUGAGGAUGAGGAUGAAGAGGAGACAACUGGACCAUCUGUGAGGCCGUCGGAGGUGCGAGCCAUCAUGGAGGCGAUGAACCAGGAGAACGCCACGAUUUCCCCGGCUCCGUUUGCCGGGCUGGACGAUGGAAAGGACAGCUCGGGUGCAUACUCCGACUCGAGUACCUCCAACUCACGACCUACAACCGGAAAAGGUCGAACCUUCAUCAACUUCGUGGCGGCAAAACAGCGUCAGGUCAGCCGGAAGGUCGCUACCAAGACGACGAAACGCGGGAAAGAGCUGAUGCGACUUCUGGAGUUGGAUUUCGUCGGACAUGAUAUUUUAGACAUCCCGCCUCUGACAGAGUACGAGCUGUACAUACGCAGCUUCGGCAGUUCAAAUACACAACAGGCGUACACCCAGUGUGGAGAUGAUAACAUCGACCGUGAGGUUCAGACAGAGGAAGUGGAGGUCUCACAGAAAUGGACACAGCACCCCUCCACACAGGUUAACGCAUGUGGAGAUGACUCGAGUAUAUCAGGGCCUGACCAGGACCAGGAAACCAAAGCUGUGGACACGGUCAAACUCACUAACUUCCUCAACAGAUCAUGUCAGGUUGUAGCUGUGUUACUGGAGGAGGAUUUGGCCAGUAGAACAGCUGAACCCAAACGGUCCACACACUCCAACAUGGCCUUCAGUGACAACAUGGUCACUCUGGCUACUUCUCAACUACUACUGGCCGGUCGGCAUGUUGUGAGUGCGAGUUUCUCCCCCACCCAGCCUCAACUGCUGCUUCUGGCCUUCAGUCUACCUGCUCAGGGCUCCAGUGGGAAUGUCCCGGCAACAGUUGCUAGGCGUGGCCUGGUGUGCCUGUGGAACAUCACAGAACCCUCCAGGAUACAGAAAGUGCUGAUGUGUGAGGGAACUCCCACCUGCUGCUGUUUCAGUCCCACCAGACCUACUCUGGCCUUUGCUGGCACAAACCAUGGCUCAGUGGUAGUGUGGGACCUACGAGAACUGUCCUCCAUGCACUUUGUGUACAAGGUUGGGCAGGAGGAGUGGCUCAUCAGAUCUCCUACUUACACAACAGAUGGUGUAUUAGGCAGUGAUAACCACCAUGGCCCUGUGAACUCGCUGGUUCCUGUCGUGUCUGUGGAGGAAAGCCAUCGGGCUGCAGUCUCCGCAGAGAAAAUGCAGACAGCCCACAGCGGAGGUCUGUCCUUCCAGCUGGCCUCCAUGGACGAGGGCGGAGCCAUCAUCUUCUGGACUGUGAUAGAAGUGUCCAGAUCAAGCCUGGAUGCCUCAGAAACUGACCUGGGUCUCACACCAGGUGGUCUCAUCAAGAUUGUCAAAAGUUCCUCCUUCAACCUCCAGAAACUCUCAAGGAAAGUGAGCCAGUCCAGUCCAAUGUCUGCCUGCUGUCUGCAGCUUCACCUGACGGACCCAAACCACUUCUUCAUAGGGACCGACACGGGUUCCAUUUUGCACAUGGUGCGACACGGGGGCAGAGCCUUGCCUGGACUCUACACAACUCAGCAAGAAACAGUGACAGAAGUGUCAGGCAUGGAUUUCUGCCCUUUUGGGUUUGACUAUUUCUUGGCGGCCUGUGGUGAUGGCAGUGUGAGAUUGUACAACACAGAUUCAGAAGUCCCAGUAUUGACAUGGGCUGAUGCGUCAGGCGGGCAGCCAUGUUGUGUUCUCUGGUCGCGCAGUCGCCCCGCCGUGUUCUACACCGUGGACCAGAACCGAGUCCGCGUCUGGGACCUUCUGCAGGACGACAGCGGUCCGGUCAUCUCGGAACAACUGCCAGAGGGGGGACAGUGA